GCAGCAGCCGCCUGCCGCUCAGCGCCUCGCUGGCCUUCUCCGACCUCACCGAGGAGCUCCUGGACUGCGGGCCCGGCGGCUUGGUGCGGGAGCUGGAGGAGCUGCGCUCCGAGAACGACUAUCUCAAGGAUGAGAUCGAGGAGCUGCGGGCAGAGAUGCUGGAGAUGCGGGACGUCUACAUGGAGGAGGAUGUAUACCAGCUGCAGGAGCUGAGGCAGCAGCUGGACCAGGCCAGCAAGACCUGCCGGAUCUUACAGUACCGGCUGCGCAAGGCGGAGCGCCGCAGUCUCCGCGCCGCGCAGACGGGCCAGGUGGACGGCGAGCUCAUCCGUGGCCUGGAGCAGGAUGUCAAGGUCUCUAAGGACAUCUCCGUGCGACUGCACAAGGAGCUGGAGGUGGUGGAGAAGAAACGUGCGCGGCUGGAGGAGGAAAAUGAGGAGCUUCGCCAGCGGCUCAUUGAGAUAGAACUGGCAAAGCAGGUGUUGCAGACGGAGCUGGAGCGGCCGAGAGAGCACUCCUUGAAGAAGAGAGGGACCCGCUCGCUGGGGAAGACAGACAAGAAGCCUUCUGUGCAGGAGGACAGCGCAGACCUGAAGUGUCAGCUGCACUUUGCAAAGGAGGAGUCGGCCCUCAUGUGUAAGAAGCUCACCAAGCUGGCAAAGGAGAACGACGGCAUGAAGGAGGAGCUGCUUAAGUACCGCUCACUCUACGGCGACCUGGACAGCGCCCUGUCGGCCGAGGAGCUGGCAGACGCCCCACACUCUCGGGAGACCGAGUUGAAGGUGCAUCUGAAGCUGGUGGAGGAGGAAGCCAACCUGCUGAGCCGCCGCAUCGUGGAGCUGGAGGUGGAAAACCGAGGCCUGCGGGCCGAGAUGGACGACAUGAAGGACCAGCCUGGAGCCAGCCUCGGGGGUCUGGAGGCCCGCCUGGCCUUUUCCACCCUGGCCACCACCGGCGGUGGUGGUGGUGGUGGCGGCAGUGAGUGUGGGGAGAGCUUGGCCGAGCUGCGGCGUCACCUCCAGUUUGUGGAGGAGGAGGCAGAGCUGCUGAGGCGCUCGUCUGCUGAACUCGAGGACCAGAACAAGCUGCUGCUGACCGAACUGGCCAAGUACCGCGCAGAGCACGAGCUGGACGUGACCCUGUCGGAGGACAGCUGCUCGGUGCUGAGCGAGCCUUCGCAGGAGGAGCUGGCUGCUGCCAAGCUGCAGAUCGGCGAGCUCAGUGGCAAGGUCAAGAAGCUGCAGUACGAGAACCGAGUGCUGCUGUCCAACCUGCAGCGCUGUGACCUCGCUUCCUGCCAGAGCACCCGGCCCAUGCUGGAGACGGACGCCGAGGCAGGGGACUCUGCGCAGUGUGUCCCGGCUGCCCUGGGUGAUGCCAGUGGAUCCCAUGCCGCCCGGCUGUGCAGGAGUAGGGAGGCUGAGGCUCUCCCAGUGCUGCGGGAGCAGGCCGCCCUGGUCAGCAAGGCCAUCGACGUGCUGCUGGCUGAUGCCAACGGCUUCUCCACAGGCCUCCGGCCGUAUCUGGACGAGUGUGCAGAUUUCCGGCUGCAUGAGCCCCCUGACAACAGCGAGGGGCCCCGGGACUCCAAGCUCCUCCACGCACUGCUGGUGCGGUUGAGCCUACUCCAGCAAGAGCUCAAUGCCUUCGUGAGGAAGGCCGACCCCAUUCUGGGAGGCUCAGCCAAGGAGCCGCCGGAGUCAUUUUCCACAUUGCCCCCCUUGGGCUCCCAGGGGCCCUCCAAGGAGAUGCUUCUGGCCAAAGACCUCAGCUCCGACUUCCAGCCACCAGAUUUCAGGGACUUGACCGAAUGGGAGCCCAGGAUGAGAGAGGCCUUUCGUGCUGGGGACCUGGAGUCCAAGCCUGAUCCCAGCCGGAGCUUUAGGCCUUAUCGAGCUGAAGACAAUGAAUCCUACUCCUCUGAGAUCAAGGAGUUGCAGCUGGUGUUGGCUGAGGCCCAUGACAGCCUCCGAGGCCUGCAAGAGCAGCUGUCCCAGGAACGGCAGCUUCGGAAGGAGGAAGCUGACAGCUUCAAUCAGAAAAUGGUCCAGCUGAAGGAGGACCAGCAGAGGGCGCUGCUGAGGCGAGAGUUUGAACUGCAGAGUCUGAGCCUCCAGCGGCGGCUGGAGCAAAAAUUCUGGAGCCAGGAGAAAAACAUGCUGGUGCAGGAGUCGCAACAGUUCAAGCACAAUUUCUUGCUGCUCUUCAUGAAGCUCAGGUGGUUCCUCAAGCGCUGGCGGCAGGGCAAGAUUUUGCCCAGCGAGAGGGACGAUUUCCUGGAGGUGAGCAGCAUGAAGGAGCUCUACCUCCUCAUGGAGGAAGAGGAACUGAAUGCUCAGCAUUCUGAUAACAAGACCUGCACGGGGGACAGCUGGACCCAGAACACGCCCAAUGAAUACAUCAAGACACUGGCCGACAUGAAGGUGACACUGAAGGAACUGUGCUGGCUGCUGCGGGAUGAGCGCCAGGGCCUGACUGAGCUGCAGCAGCAGUUUGCCAAGGCCAAGGCCACCUGGGAGAUGGAGCGGGCAGAGCUCAAGAGCCACACAGCCCAGAUGGAGUUGAAGGCUGGGAAAGGGCCUGGGGAGCGGGCAGGGCCCGACUGGAAGGCGGCGCUGCAGCGGGAGCGCGAGGAGCAGCAACAUCUCCUGGCCGAAUCCUACAGUGCCGUCAUGGAGCUCACGCGGCAGCUGCAGAUUAGCGAGCACAACUGGAGCCAAGAGAAGCUGCAGCUGGUGGAGCGGCUGCAAGGGGAGAAGCAGCAGGUGGAACAGCAGGUGAAGGAGCUGCAGAACCGCCUGAGCCAGCUGCAGAAGGCUGCUGAUCCCUGGGCCCUGAAACACACCGACCUGGAGAAGCAGGAUAACAGCUGGAAGGAGGUGCACAAUGAGAAGGUCCAUGACAAGGAGGCUGCCUCUGACACUGAGCUUGGGGGAGCCAUCUUAAAAAGGACCAAAUCGGUUUCCUCCAUGUCUGAGUUUGAAAGUUUGCUGGACUGUUCCCCCUACCUGCCUGGUGAAGCCCCGCGGGGCAAGAAGCUGCCCAACAGCCCUACCUAUGCCUUCGUGGGCAACCAGCUGGUGGACCCAGAAAAGGAGGCUGCGGAGCAGCCUGGGUGCUCACCCCGGGACUGCCACAGGGCGGGCUGCCAGGAGCCGGCAGGGAGGCAGAUGCAACGCAGCUACACGGCACCAGACAAGACGGGCAUCCGUGUGUACUACAGCCCCCCGGUGGCCCGGCGCCUGGGCGUGCCUGUGGUCCAUAACCGGGAAGGCAAGAUCAUCAUUGAGCCAGGCUUCCUCUUCACCACCGCCAAGCCCAAAGAGUCCGCCGAGGCCAAUGGGCUCGCCGAGAGCUCCUAUAGUCGGUGGCUCUGCAACUUUUCACGGCAGCGCCUGGACGCAAACUCUGGCAGCAGCCCCUCGGCCUCAGCUCCUGGCUUCCCUGCAGCCCUGCAUGACUUUGAGAUCUCGGGCAACAUGAGCGAUGACAUGAAGGAGAUUACCAACUGUGUGCGCCAGGCCAUGCGCUCGGGCUCGCUGGAGAGGAAGGUGAAGAGCACGUCCAGCCAGACGGUGGGGCUGGCCAGCGUGGGCACACAGACCAUUCGCACGGUCAGCGUGGGCCUGCAGACAGACCCGCCCCGCAGCGGGCUCCACGGCAAGAGCUGGUCACCACGCAGCUCCUCCCUGAUGUCUGUGCGCAGCAAGCAAAUCUCUUCCUCCCUGGACAAGGUGCACUCACGCAUCGAGCGGCCCUGCUGCUCACCCAAGUAUGGCUCCCCCAAGCUCCAGCGUCGCUCUGUGUCCAAACUGGACAGCACCAAGGACCGUAGCCUGUGGAACCUACACCAGGGCAAGCAGAACGGCUCGGCCUGGGCACGCUCCACCACCACUCGGGACAGCCCUGUGCUGCGGAACAUCAACGACGGGCUCUCCAGCCUCUUUAGCGUGGUGGAGCACUCAGGGAGCACAGAGUCUGUCUGGAAACUGGGCAUGUCCGAGGCCCGGGCCAAGCCUGAGCCUCCUAAGUACGGCCUCGUGCAAGAGUUCUUCCGUAAUGUUUGUGGGCGAGCCCCAAGCCCCACCUCGGCUGGGGAGGAGGGCACUAAGAAGGCAGAGCCCUUGUCGCCUGCCAGCUACCAUCAGCCUGAGAGUGUGGCUAGGAUCCUGAACAAGAAGGUGGUCAAGUGUGGCAGCAGUGAGGAGGCCCGCCUGGCCGGGCUGCCGCAGGUGGGGAAGGAUGGUGUCCCCCGGGAUGCAGACAGCUCCACUAUUCUCCCCAAUGAGGAUGCCAUCUGUGACUGCAGUGCCCAGUCUCUGGCCUCCUGCUUCGCAAGGCCUUCCCGCUCUGCUGUCGUUCGCCACUCCCCUUCCAAGUGCAGGCUCCAUGCUUCAGAGUCAGGCUGGUGUGGGGAGGAAAGGGCUGCGCCUCCCAGCGACUGAUGGAACCUUGAGGUGCCUUGCCCUCAACUAGCCCUGGGCCUCGAGAGCUGAAGGGAACCAGCAGAAAGGAGAGGAGGCAGGAGGCCUGGUCCUCAGAAUUGCCUCGCUCUAAGGGAAAGCAGCUGAACCCCUGCCAGGCCACAGCCUUCCCUCCAGGUAAAGUAGGGAUACCUGCUAACUGAAGAAAGGUGAGCUCUGACUUCUGGGGAACCAGCCAGCCAUCGGGAGAAAAAGCAAAACUGCACUUCGUAGCAUCAUGGAGACAGCAUGGAGAACCCACUGAAAAAGCUAAUCCCAGGGUGCUCAGGGAACACUUGGCCUGCCUGGAUUCCCCAUACCCCUGUGCCCAUGCUUCAGAAGAGUAGAAGAAAGGAUACACCCUGAGAAGUGCCCUGCUAACCACACCCCCUCUCUAUAGGGGAGAAACACCCAUGAGAAUAGACUUUGCUCCUGGGCUGCGCAACCUUGACUCCACAAGUUCCCAUCACUUCCUCUCCCAGCCCCGGUGUUCUGGGUGGCCAUACUUCUUGGAGGUGUGAUAGGGCUGUAGCCGGCCAAGUGUCUACUUGGAGUCCCGGAGCCCUGGAUCUCCCGGCUCAUGGCCUUGAUGCAGCAGAGACUGGACAUCUAGGUGAGAGUAGAUUUUAGGGUAGAGGAGCCUUGGGGCUACUUCCCUCACAACAUGACCCGGGACCCCAACCCUUGCAAGAGACCUGGGAGAAGAACUGGGUCAUAAAUCUCAAGGGUUGGGCCCUAGAUUAAGGCCUUCAUGCCCACUGCCUCAGUUGCUGAGACAGGCUUUCCCCAGCCCCUGGAAGGCAGCCACGUCCCCACCAAGUUUACAUCCUGCAGCGGGGGAAGGCAAAGAAACCCCCUCACCAAACCUUCCCACCUCUUGGGCCAGGCUGGGCCAAGGAGAGGUCCAGCAGGCCAGAGCCCAGGACACAGUGGUAGACAGGGCCUAAAGACAUAUUUCUUGAUUAGGUUUUUUUUAUUUGAGUUUUUCUUACUAUAAAUAUUUAAGGUGGGUUUACUUUAUUUUAAUAAUUUAAUUCUCCCCCCAAAGUCCCUAAGGUAAUUUAUUGGCAGUUGGGACAUGUAUUCUUGCCACUGAGAGAACACAGACUUCUAAAACCAUGGACAAUCCCCAUGAGACCCAUGGGUACUCCAUGAAAACAUAGCAGCUCCUCUCCGGCCUCCAAACACAGGUCUCUGAUCAGAUCUGGGGUACCGCAUCAUGCUUAGUGCAGCUGAGCAGGAUACAGGUUUCAAACACUGCCUUUCACUCAACACCUGGUACCAGCGAAAUCCCUAGUGAUCAGCCGGCAGCACUGACACCACUCCUUCCUGAACAUCCUCCAUGUCCCUUCUUAUUCCUUCCCUCUCUGUCAUCUGUUUU